GGGUCUCAGAGAGAGCAGAGCUAAGUUUAACACAGGACAGAGACUGAGACACAAUUGGGAACAAGAGACUGUCUGGGAGACCGUACUUUCCUAUACUGACUAUUCGUACAAGUUGUUUUUAUUUCUCUCUGGAGCUGCCAUUUUUAUUUGAUACAAAUAUGAAUGUUCAAAAGUGUGCCAGGUGUGGGUUUGUGUUGUACCCAGCGGAGAAGAUCAAUCUUAUUGGUCAGAAUUGGCACAAAGCAUGUUUUCACUGUGAGGUCUGUAAAAUGGUACUGACAGCCAAUAAUUUUGUUAGUCAUCAGAAAAGGCCAUACUGCAAAGUGCAUAAUCCAAAGAACAACACUUUCACAAGUGUUUAUGAGACCCCUGUCAACAUCAAUGCCAAGAAGCAAUCUGAGGCAGCCAGUGAGAAUAAGUAUCGAGAAGAAGGGGAGCGUUUCAUGUCUUCUUUCCACUGUGACAUGAGAUCAAAGGAAAUCGAGCACGCUCGUAAGGCCAGCCAGCUUGCCAGUCAGCAGCAAGGUUACCAAACUGAAUUUGUAGGCCAACAAUCAAUUUACUCGGGCAGCGUUACCAGCCAGGAAAUUGUUCGUGUGACCCAGGCACAGAAGACCAUUAGUGACGUGGAAUAUAAACGAGGCCAUGAAUCUCGCGUGACACAGUUUACCUCUUCAGCUGACACACCUGAGAUGUUACAUGCCAAGGCUGGAGUCUCACUGGCCAGUGAUGUGAAAUACACAGAAGAAUAUGAGCAGUCUAAAGGAAAGGGUAGUUUUCCAGCUAUGAUCACACCAGGAUAUGAAAUGGCAAAGAAAGCCAAUUCACUGGCUAGCAAUGUGCAGUAUAAAAAAGGCCACGAAGAACGAAUGUCAAAGUACACCACUGUGACGGAUGCUCCUGAUGUACUUCUAGCUAAAAAUCAAGGGAAGAUUGUCAGUGAUUAUGUUUACACUGAGGAAUAUGAACAGCAGAGGGGCAAAGGCAGUUUUCCUGCCCACUUCACUCCUGGAUACCAGGUGGCCAAAAAAGCAGGCGAGAUGGCCAGCAGUCAUGCCUAUACUGAGAAAUAUGAACAGGAAAAGGGCAAGGGCAGCUUCCCUGCUAUGAUUACCCCGGGAUACCAGAUGGCUAAGAAAGCCCAUGACAUAGCCAGUGAUGUUGAAUACAAGAAGGACCAUGAGACCACCAAAGGCCACAGCAUUAACUACUGUGAGACACCACAGUUCAAGAAUGUGUCAAAGAUCGCCAAGUAUACCAGUGAUAAUAAAUACAAGGAGAAGUACACCAAUCACAUGAAGGGGCACUAUGAGGGCGGUGGCAUAGACAAGAAGACCAUGCAUGCCAUGAAUGUCAGAAAGCUUGCCAGUGAUAUUGCCUACAAAUCAGAAUAUGAGCAGGAUAAGCAUGUGCAGAGUGAGUACAACUAUCCAGCCACCAUCACUCCAUCCUAUCAGUCACAGAAGAAACUGGAGCCGCUCAAAGAUAAAAACUACAGACAGCAUAUCGACAAGCUGAAAUUCAGCCAGGUUACAGACACCCCUGAAAUUGUGCAAGCUAGAAUCAAUGCACAUCAGCUCAGCAAUCUGAACUACAAAGCCAACUAUGAGAAGACAAAGACGCAGUACACAUCAUCUCAAGAUACACCAGAAUUUAAAAAGGCCAAAGCCAAUGCAGAACUCACCAGUGAUAUCAAAUACAAAGAGAACUGGGAGAAAAACAAAUCCAAAGGAUGUGACUUUGGCCUGGACACACUGACACUCAAAGCUGCCAAAGCCUCUCGAGACCUGGCUAGUGAUAUCAAGUAUAAGGAAGCAUUCACAAAGAACAAAGACAAAGCUAUUGGAAUGGACGUAAGUGACUCAAAAACACUGCACUCCCUUCAGGUGGCCAAGCUAAGCAGUGAGGUUGCUUAUAAAAAGAAUUCUAAGGAGACUCAAUCCAAGUGCCACCUACCUCUGGACAUGGUGAAUCUGAGUCAUGCUAAGAAGGCUCAGGCCCUGGCCAGUGAUUUGGACUACAGAAAGAAGUUACACGAUUAUACUGUCCUACCUGAUGACAUGAAAGUGCAGCAAGCUAAGAAAGCCUACCAACUGCAGAGUGAAAACCAGUAUCGAUCAGACUUGACCUGGAUGAAAGGAGUCGGAUGGGAGGCUGAUGGCUGCCUGGAUGUAGAACAAGCCAAGAAAGCAGGAGAACAAUUUAGUGAGAAAAAAUACCGCCAGAAGGCAGACAGUGUGAAAUUCACACAAGUGGCAGACACUCCUUCCAUCAUACAUGCUAAGAAGAGCCAGGAGCUGCAGAGUGGGCUGGCAUACAAAGCGGGCACUGAACAGACAAUGCACCAGUACACUAUAAGCAAAGAUGAGCCUCUCUUCAAGCAAGCCAAAGCUAAUGCAGAGCUUCUCAGUGGGAAAACAUAUAAGAGUAGUUGGGAGGAGCAGAGGGAGAAGGGUUUUGAACUAGGCUUGGACUCACUUUCAAUUCUUGCCGCAAAAACAACAAGAGAUCUUGCCAGUUAUGUGAAGUACAAGCAAGAAUAUGAGAUGACAAAAGGGAAGAUGAUUGGCGUCAAGACUGUGUCAGAUGAUUCUCAGAUGGCCCAUUCAACCAAGGCCACCAAACUCCAGAGUGACCUCAACUACAAGAAAGAGUAUGAGGACACCAAGAACAAAUACAGUACCUCACUUGAUAUGCUGACCCUCACCCAUGCCAAGAAAGCCCAGCAACUGGCCACUGAGAAAAACUACAAAACUUUCUUACACAAGUACACACUCUUGCCCACUGAUAUGAAGGUGGAAUGGGCCAAGAAAGCCUACGGCCUACAGAGUGAUAAAAAGUAUCGCUCUGACCUAAAUUGGAUGAAAGGGGUGGGAUGGGAGACCACCGGAUCCCUUGAUGUCCAGCAGGCCAGAAAAGCUACAGAUUUAGCCAGCGAGAAAAAAUACAGACAGGACGUGAGUGCUCUGAAGUUUACCAGCAUUGAGGAUACACCAGAGAUGGUCCAGGCCAAAAUCAGCAGCAAACUGGUUCUUGAUAGAUUAUACAGAGAGAAAGGAGAGAAUGAAAUGCACAAGUACACACUGACUGGAGAUAUUCCAGAGCAUGUGCAGGCUAAGAUCAAUGCCAUGAACAUCAGUGAGUCAUGCUACAAAAAGUCCUGGAGAAAUAUCAGAGAUGGUGGCUACAAAUUGCGCUUGGAUGCUAUUCCAUUCCAAGCAGCCAAAUCAUCUGCAGAAAUCCUCAGUGAUCAAAAAUACAAGGCACAGUUUGAGAAGACAAAAGGGAAGAUGAUUGGGCUAAAGGGACUAGAGGAUGAUAUAAACAUUGCUCACUCUGUGCAUGCCACAAAUAUACAGAGUGAUCUCCAAUACAAAAAGGACUCUUCUAAGGUGCAUUCUCAGUUCCAUCUACCAAUGGAUAUGUUGGAGGUGCUCCAUGCUAAGAAGGCUCAGUCUCUGAUCAGCGAUCAGGACUACAGACUUACAUUGCACAAGUAUACAACACUGCCUGACGACCUCAAAGUGCGGGCUGCCAAGAGAGCAUAUGAACUGCAGAGUGAGAAAAUCUACCGCUCUGAUUUGAACUACCUUCGUGGUGCAGCCUGGAUUGCCACUGGUGCCCUACAGAUUGAGGGAUCCAAACGGGCCACAGAUCUAAUUAGCGAGAAAAAGUAUCGCCAGCAGCCCUACUCGUUUAAACACACAUCUGUCACGGAUUCUCAGGAUAUUGUGCAUGCUAAAAGCAGUAACAAGAUCACUAAUGAGCGCUUGUACAAAGAAAAGGGAGAGAACUUCAGGCACAACUACACCAUGACUGCAGAGAGACCUGAAAUCACCCAGGCCAAGAUUAACGCUGCUAACUUCAGUGAUGUUAAAUACAAGGAGUCAUGGCAUACGCUAAGAGCUCAGGGUUAUAAACUCACCAUGAAGGAUAUCCCCUUCCAGGCUGCCAAAGCCUCCACCAACAUUGCUAGUGAUGUCCAGUACAAGCAUAGCCAUGUAUUGGAGAAGGGCAAGCACAUCGGAGCUCGCAGUGUUCAGGAAGACUCGCAUCUAACGCACUGCUUAGAGAUGGGUCGUCUGCAAAGUGAUCAGCAUUAUCGCAAAGACGCUGCAUCUUUUAGUGGCCAGUACCAGCUGCCUCUAGACAUGGUGAACCUGGUUCAUGCCAAGAAAGCCCAGGCCUUAGCCAGCGACCAGGAUUACAAGACUCACAUACACUCUUACACAGUCCUACCUGAUGAUAUAAAGGUGCAGUGGGCCAAAAAGGCAUAUGACCUGCAGAGCCAGAAUCUAUACAAAUCAGAUCUGAACUUCAUGAAGGGAGUGGCCUGGGACUCAGUAGGUGCACCCCAGAUGGAGUCUGCAAAGAAAGCUGGAGAUCUCAUUAGUGAUAAGAAGUAUCGGCAACAUCCUGACAGUCUGAAGUUCACUCAAGUUGCUGAUUCACCUGAUAUCAUUCACGCAAAGAACAGCUACAUGCAGUGUAGUGAGAGGAUGUAUAAGUCUGGAGACUCUGACUCUAUGCAUAAAUGCACAUUACCUCUAGAUCAUCCUGAUUUCAUCAGAGCAAAGAUCAACGCUCAGCAAAUUAGCGAUAAAGUGUAUAAAAAAUCAGGUGAGCAGGUAAAGUCUGCAGGUUACGACUUCAGGUUAGACGCCAUUCCCUUCCAGACAGCCAAGGCCUCCAGAGAAAUUGCCAGUGAUUUCCACUACAAGGAGGCAUUUGUCAAAGGGAAAGGCCAGCAGGUGGGCCUCCUCAGCGUUGAGGAUGAUCCCAAGAUCAGACACUCACUGGCUGUAGGGAAGCUCCAGAGUAACAAUGAGUACAAGAAGCAGUUCCAGGAGACAUGCUCUCAGUUUAAGAUCCAUGGCGACCAGCCUGAGUUCCUGCAUGCUAAGAAGAGCCAGGCUCAGCUCAGCAACCACAACUAUCGUCAGCAUUUUCACGACUACACCUGUGAUCCUAAUCAGCUCAAUGUCAAACACGCUAAACAAGCCUACCAGCUGCAGAGUGAUGUGAACUACAAAUCAGAUCUGAACUGGAUUAAAGGUGUGGGCUGGACCCCACCAGGCUCUCUUAAAGCAGAAAUGGCCCGCCGUGCAGCAGAACUGGGCCUUGCUGAAGGAGUAACCACUGAUGAGGCUAUUGCCAAGUAUCAACAGCUUAUGAUGCUCCAGAGACAGCAGGACUUCCAGGAGCAACAGCAAUCCACUACAGAGACGGAGACCACAAAGGAGUUCCAGCAGCCAGGAGUCAAUCCUGACGCGAUGGAGAUCCUCCAUGUCAAGAGGAAGAAGACUAUUCACACCGCAUUCAAGCAGGCCAAGACCACAAAAUCCAUCACGUCACAGUCUGUUGCUUCCCACUCAACCACAAGUCAGUCUAUCUCCAAUCAGUCCACCAAGAAGCAAUCCAUUAUGAGCCAGUCUCAUGCUGAUGAAUCCACAGCAAGGCAGAUGAGUGAAAACCGGGCCAUCACAGAUCAAGUUGCUGCAAAUUCAGGAACAAUGUAAUCUGUCAUUACUGUGUUCCUUACGUUUGUUUUUUUUUUUUUUUAUUAAAUUUAUGAACAUCAUGUAGAUCCUGGUGUUCUCUGACUGUGUUUUUGAUUGAUCCAUCAAUGAAGGAUAUUUAGAUAAAACAUGUAAGUGAAAAGUGAAUGUGAAGAUGGUUGUACUGUAAGUGAAAGAUAUUUAAAGUAAGUUCAGUCUGUAAAGCAUAGUUGAUUUUCAUUUUAUUAUGGUUUAAUCAAUGUGGUUCUAAUUAUUAAGGUUUUGAGAAGAUAUUGAACAAAGCUGUAAGUAUGGACAGUGAAUGUAAAGAAUAGAGGUGAGCAUGAUUUUGGAGAAGUGUUAUUUUAUUAUACACUAUUUUAAAAGUAGAUAAAAUAUUUGCUGGAAUAUUUUUUUUCUUUUUUUAUUUGCUGGGAAUAUAAUAAGCAAAAAUCAAUUGUAAACUGUAUGAUUAAAUUUAUAACAUUUAAUUUGUUCCUCUCAUGCAUUUGGUGGUUCUGAAAUAGUUAUAUUUGACUUACUGGAUAUAAUGUAUGUCUAUCAAGCUGUGCAUUAUGAGAAAGAACUGCAACUCUGCUAGCAGAGUUAAAUAGCUGAACUGUAAGUAAAUGUUUGAAUUAUGACAAAUGAAAAUAAAAUUUAUUUUGGUUUUCAAA